GGCUGUUUAUUGUUCCUUCCUCUCUACGCCGAAAGAGAAAACAGGCUAACAAGCUGUCAGCUAGCUUUUUAGCUUCUCCCCUCACGGUUCACGGUUGGUUUUAACAAAAAAAAGGUGUUAACGGUCGAGACAGCUGACUGCACAAACCAGGGGCCAUGGCGUAUGCGUACCUCUUCAAAUACAUCAUCAUCGGAGACACGGGUGUGGGGAAGUCAUGUCUAUUACUACAGUUCACAGACAAGAGGUUUCAGCCAGUUCACGACCUCACUAUCGGUGUGGAGUUCGGCGCGAGGAUGAUCACUAUAGAUGGCAAACAGAUCAAACUGCAGAUCUGGGAUACGGCUGGUCAGGAGUCCUUCCGGUCCAUUACCAGGUCUUACUACAGAGGAGCAGCAGGAGCUCUGCUAGUCUAUGACAUCACAAGAAGGGACACCUUCAACCACUUGACGACCUGGUUAGAGGACGCUCGCCAACAUUCCAACUCCAACAUGGUCAUCAUGCUCAUCGGCAACAAGAGUGACCUGGAGUCGAGGAGAGAGGUGAAGAAAGAGGAAGGUGAAGCAUUUGCCAGAGAACACGGCCUCAUAUUCAUGGAGACUUCAGCCAAGACUGCCUCAAACGUAGAGGAGGCUUUCAUCAACACAGCCAAGGAGAUCUAUGAGAAGAUCCAGGAGGGAGUGUUUGAUAUCAACAAUGAGGCUAAUGGUAUUAAGAUUGGACCCCAGCAUCCUACCACAACCACACUGACUGGUAGCCAGGGAGGCCAACAGGCUGGAGGAGGCUGCUGCUGAAGGCCCAAACACACCUCCUCCUCCUCCUCCUCCUCCUCCCCCUUCCUCCUCCUCCUCCUCCUCCUCCUCCUCCCCCUUCCUCCUCCUCCUCCUCCUCCCCUCCGCCCCUCCCUUGCGUUUCUACAGAACUGUCUAGGCUCACUAACAGUUUGUUAACCUCUCUCUCUCUCUGUCUACCGCUCCAUUCUCUCAUCCAUCCAUCCCUCCUUCUUUUUUCAGCCAUUCUGUCUUUCCAAAGUCCCUUGACCAUAUACCCAAAAAGGUCCAGGGACUAUGGGGUGUCCCCAUAAAUCAACCUGACUUCCUACAGUCUUACAAGGACAGAGUUGGCUUCAACCUGCAGGUUUAGCCACCAAAUUCUGACAUUUUGCAGUUGUUUUUUUUGGAUUUUUAUCAUUAUGUUUCCAACCGAAAACAUGCUGAAAUGAGAAGUUAAAUAAAUUUACACGCUCCGCUUAAUUUCUGAGGACGUUGUUGGGAUAUUAUAGUACCUCAGAUUCAUAAAGAAGCUAUAUGUUCAGUAAAGGGUGAGGUGUGGGAAGAAACAACUCUUCACACUGACUCUAUGGGAUAAAACAUGUGCUGUUGUGUCUAUACACACAUCUGUACAUGUUGUAAAGAAAGUGACGCAGCACGUUGCUAGCAGGGCGUGUUUCUACAUGUUGACUCAGUUUUCAUGCUGUGCCUGUGUGUAUAGGGACGAUAUAGAUAUUCCAGUAUGUCGGUGUGAAGGUGUAGGAGGCAUUCAAGUCACUCUGUAUCUUCUGUCCAUAAAAACAAAGUGCAAAUUAUGUUAUUUUGUGCGUCCUUUCCCUGUUUUUUCAUCAUGUUGUUGUGUUCUCUCUCUUGUCUUUGUGUCCCUUUUUUGUUGACUUGCAGAUGAUUUGUAUUUAAUGAACACUACAAAACUGUUUGUGGCUUAAAAAAAAAAAAGUGUUUUAAAGUUUCUGGAGAGAGAAUAAAAGACCAAACUGUGGAGUGUGAA